UAUCAAUCUACCAUAGCCAAUUUACCACCGGCGAGCGACAUCGCAGAGGUUCGUUCGAUUCUCUGUUUUUGAUUUCUCAUUAUUGUAUUUCACUUCCUCGGUCAUACAAUUCUAUUCUCGAUCGCCGAUAUUCCCGCCUUUUUCGUGCUUGUUCUGACAGAUGUUAUUUUCGGACGACUUUGUUGCAGGCAGUCGCUCUCUAGACGAUGGUAUUGCGGUUUGUCUAGUUCAUCAAUUGACUGAGCUGCACUCUUGUCAUGUUAACUCCAUCGCCCCGGCCACCCCGCCCAAACGACCGUCGCGGCUUCGAGAUAGCUAUCAUCUGCGCGCUACCUUUCGAGGCUGAUGCUAUUGAGGCCUUGUUUGACUAUUACUGGGAUGGCGAUGGCCGACCUCUCGGGAAGGCAGCACAUGAUACCAAUUCCUACUCAACAGGUGUAAUCGGCUGUCACAAUGUCGUGCUCGUACGUAUGCCAGGGAUGGGUAAAGUGCAUGCGACAGCGGCAGCUUCCAACUGCAGAGCGAGUUUUCCGAAUGUCAAGAUUGCCGUUCUCGUUGGCGUCUGUGGUGUUGUCCCCUCCAAGCACAACGGUGAAGAAAUCGUACUUGGAGAUGUCGUCAUCAGUGAGGGCAUUAUCCAAUAUGAUUUCGGACGGCGCCUACCAGGCCAGUUUAUCCCCAAAGAAGGGCCGCUGGACUCUCUGGGAAGGCCGAACCAGGAGAUACGCGGAGUUUUGGCACAAGCCAAAGGGAUCAGAGGCCGUCGACUAUUGGUAAGCGAGAUGAUGAGAUACCUCAGUAUCCUCCGCCAAAAUCUAGAGUUUCGUGCCGAAUAUCCUGGCGUUGCGUACGACAGACUGUUUGAAGCAUCCUAUCGUCAUAGCGAGGACCAGAAGCCAUGCGAACAGGUCGGGUGCGACGGCAAACUCGUGCCACGACGCCGUAUUCAAGCUGCAGGGCCCAGUCCUACACCUGCUGUUCAUUUCGGGUUGAUAGCAUCCGGCGAUUCAGUGAUGAAGUCCGGCGAAGAUCGCGACCGCGAAGUAGAGGCGAGAGAUGUAAUUGCCUUUGAGAUGGAAGGCGCAGGUGUUUGGGAUAUUCUUCCUUGUAUUGUGAUCAAAGGGGGAUGUGACUACGCCGAUAGCCACAAAAGCAAGGUUUGGCAGCGAUAUGCUGCAGCUACGGCGGCGGCCUGUACGAAGGCGUUUCUUAGCUUUUGGGUUUCUUCAAUUAACCAAGAUGUAUCAGGCUUAGCCUCGAACCUGCAGAACAACCUCUCUCCACAGAGUCGCGAUUCUUUCGGCCAGAACCACUCUACGCGUGCUGUCGAUGAGCGUCAGAUACAACCUGCAUUUCUCGUUCCCUUUUCGAAAAAUGACCUCUUUGUGGGCCGAGAAGAUGUCCUUGCAAGGCUCCAGGGUCUUCUAUUCCAAGAAGGGCGCCGAAAAGCCGCUCUGGUUGGCCUUGGGGGUAUUGGCAAAACGCAGAUUGCUCUGCAGCUCGCCUACUGGGUCAGGGAGAUGAAGCAGGACUACUCGGUAUUCUGGGUUCCAGCGCUGAGCCGUGCCAGCUUCGAGCAGACAUGUGUGCAGAUCAUUGAUGCCUGUGAUAUUUCGACUGCCGACAACAACGAUGCGGUUGAAUCAGUCCGCCAGUACCUGAGGUCAGAACGCGCCGGCAAAUGGCUUCUUGUCGUUGACAACGCUGAUGACAUGCAAACUGUCAUGGGUUCAAAAGGUGUAGAUAGUGGCUUGUACCGAUCGCUUCCUCAAAGCGACCAAGGACGAAUCCUGUUCACGACGCGAGAUCGAAAAGUGGCAGUAUCGGUUGCCGGGCGAAACAUUGUCGAAGUACCCGCAAUGAGCCGAGACGAUGCGACAAGCUACUUCAAGGAGGCAUUGAUCCAAGAAAUGUCUUUGAGUGACGAGCAAGUCAUAGACCAUCUUUUGACGCUACUGACAUAUCUUCCACUAGCCAUCACACAAGCAGCGGCAUACUUGAACGAAAACCAGAUGCCACUCACAGAGUAUCUACAACUUUUCGAAAACACAGAUCGUGACAGGAUAGAACUGUUAAGUGCCGAGUUCCAAGACGACACGAGAUACGAGCAGACUCAAGAUCCCGUGGCGACUACCUGGUUCAUAUCGUUUAACCAGAUCCGCAAGGCUGAUGAACUUGCCUCACGCAUUCUCAUGUUCUUGAGUUGCGUUGAACCCAAGGCGGUGCCUCAGUCGAUGCUGCCCAAGGGCAAAUCGCAGCAACAACUGACUCGAGCGAUCGGCACGUUAUGUGGCUACAGAUUUCUGGACAGACGAGGAUCCAGUGAGGUUUUCGACAUGCACAGUUUGGUGCACCUGGCAACAAGGUCUUGGGUUGCGGAAAACGACCCGGAGAAAGAGCAAAGCCAGGCAGCAAUAGCGCGUCUAGAAAAGGUAUUUCCGACGGAUGAGUGGGAAAACCGAGACGUUUGGCGGCAAUAUCUGCCUCAUGCAAUCAAAGUCCUCAGAUGUACCGAGGAUGACUGGAGCGAAGAGCUGUGUGAACUAGGUUAUUGGGCUGGCCGAUGCUUGCUUGUAGACGGACGGGUGACAGAGGCAGUAGAACUGCUAGAGCAUGUAGUUGCGGUUCAAGAGACGACAUUGGCGGAGAAUCACCCAGAUCGACUGGCAUCACAGCACGCGCUCGGAAUGACACAUCAAGCCAACGGACAAGUCAAAGAGGCAGUAAAACUGCUCGAGCAUGUGGUUGCUAUUCAAGAGACAACGUUGGCAGAGAAUCACCCAUCACGACUGGCAUCACAGCACGUGCUCGCAGGAGCAUAUCAAGCCGACGGACAAGUCAAAGAGGCAGUAAAACUGCUCGAGCACGUGGUUGUGGUUCAAGAGACGACAUUGGCGGAGAAUCACCCAUCACGACUGGCAUCACAGCACGUGCUCGCAGGAGCAUAUCGAGCCAACGGACAGAUCAAAGAGGCAGUAAAACUGCUCGAGCACGUGGUUGUGGUUGAAGAGACAACGUUGGCGGAGAAUCACCCUGAUCGACUGGCAUCACAGCACGUGCUCGCAGGAGCAUAUCAAGUCAACGGGCAGAUUGCAGAAGCAGUAAAACUGCUCGAGCAUGUCGUUGCGGUUCAAGAGACAGCGUUGACGGAGAAUCACCCUGAUCGACUGGCAUCACAGCACGCGCUCGCAGGAGCAUAUCAAGUCAACGGGCAGAUUGCAGAAGCAGUAAAACUGCUCGAGCAUGUCGUUGCGGUUCAAGAGACAGCGUUGACGGAGAAUCACCCUGAUCGACUGGCAUCACAGCACGCGCUCGCAGGAGCAUAUCGAGCCAACGGACAGACGAAGAAGGCAGUCGAGAUAUUGGAGCAUAUAGUUGCGGUUGAGGCAGAGACAUUAGCAGCGGAUGAUCCCAGUCGGCAGCUGUCGAAAGACUUGCUGCAGACCUGCUAUGAGAGGAGCCAGGUGCAGUAA